AAAUUAUCCAACAGAAUUAAUCAUUAUUUUCAAGAUGUUAAUAGACUUGAGAUGGAUGCCAUGUAGGGUGAAGAUUGAAACGAGUAUUUGUGCUCCUAACUACGAUGGUAUAAUCCUUGUGUCCAGUUGUCCACCAGGAGUCGAUGAGCCCGAGCCCUUUAAGACCGUUCUUUAUGCCGCAGCUCAAAUUGAUAGCGCACUUGGUAAAGUCGGUGCAGUAUUGCCCAUCAAUCUGCCAGCAAGACGAUUCGUUUACAGCCCGACUGGUCCGCUCAAUGCAGACUAUCACGAUGUACGGAGUUUCAGUGAAGCAGCCAGCAGAGGAAUCCAAAGAGCCUUCGAAGCAGGCAUAAGAUGUCCCAUGAUAGUUCUUCUACCUCAUUCCCACUUUGAAAACGUGGAGUUGGUCACUCUGCUUGGCGCCCUGGAAGGUCUCUAUGUUCCACUAGAAGUGAGAGAGAUGUGCGCCGAUCAGAGCUACAAGACAUGUCAGCUGGGAGUCUGGAGUCCCAUCUGCGGUAAAAAGCUUGAGGGCAUCGUAAAGCUUGCAUCGGUACUCGAGAGCGGCAGAUACGUCGCAAGAGAUAUCGGUGGAGCUGAUCCUGAGCGAAUGACACCAUGUAAAAUUCAAGAGUAUGUCUCAGAAUUGUUUCAUGGUUCUAACGUGACUGUUCAGGUUGUUAGUGAUGAAGAAACUCUUCUACAAGAAUAUCCACUCUUUGCGUCAGUAAAUCGUGCUGCUUCGGUUAUACCACGACAUCGUGGAAGGAUAAUAUUCCUGACUUAUGAGCCACAAAAUCCUUCUUACGUUUUGGAGACUCUUCUUCUUGUCGGCAAAGGAGUGACUUAUGAUACUGGUGGUGCGAGCAAGAAACCUGAAGGAAUGUCUUCUGGAGGAUCUAGACAUAAAUGUGGUGUUAGUGCAUGUGUUGGAUUUCUACAGGUGGUAAAUUUACUACAACCACCAACGGUGAAAGUUGUGGCUGCAUUGUGCGUUUUGCGAAAUAGUGUGGGAGAAAAUGGGUACGUUGCUGAUGAGGUGAUUACCACAAAAUCCGGGCGAAGAUUACGCAUCACCAACACUGACAUUGAGGGUAGAUUGACCAUCACAGACGCCCUAUUUCACAUCAAAGAAAUGGCACUAUGCUCUGUAAAUCCACACAUUUUUACAAUAGCUACCCUAAUGACACCAGCAAAACUUGCUGUUGGAACUGGAUAUUCGAUUGUAAUGGAUAACGCAGUUGCACGUUCAGUAUACAAUGCAGAAAAGCUUCAAGCAUCAGGUGAACUGAUGGGAGAUCCAUUUGAAAUUUCUCGUUUACGUCGAGAAGACUUUAAGUCUCACGAAGCAUCAACAGAAGGUGAUGAUAUUAGGCAAGGUGCAAAUGUGUUAGGAUCAAAACUUGAACGUGGCCAUCAAAGUCUUGCUGCAUUCCUUAUCAUGGCUUCCGGUCUAUGCAGACAUGGAAUUGACAGUCCUUCACCCCUAAAAUACACAUUCAUUGGCAUCAACUCCCAUCUAUCGGUGAAUCGCGAUCUUGCAAAGCCUUACCAAGGGAAUCCCAUACUUGCAUUGUCCUAUUGCUACCUGAUCCAAGGCAAGUGUUUGACGAUAAGAAGUGAUCCUCCACCUUCUGCGGAGAUGCAAUAUGUCGCUGAGGUUGGCUGUAAACCUAUUGGCAUCACGUCUUCCCAUCCAAGUGGAAUUAUUGGGGAUUCCGUACUAAAUCCCCGUAUCAUCUUGAAUCCACAACUAGUAGGAUAUUCGCGUUCAAAACCUCCUGAACAUGAAUCAGAUAUGCUUCCAGAGAGAAUCCUCCAUCAUUCUAUGUAUUCUCCAGAUGUCAAGAGAAAUAGAUUGAAAUCAGCAUAAUUUUCUAUCUUUAUUUAGCAAUCAAUUCAUUUUCCUAUUUUUUCAAGAAGGAAAAUUCUGUAUCUGCAGCAUACAAAUUAGGACUCUGCUAAGUUUCAUUGACCGGUGGUAUCUUAGAGAGCUGUUGGUAACUUCCUACUUUUCUGACUUUUAAGAUAACCGAUGAAGAAUAUCAUUUUAAUAGUUUAGAAAAUACCGAUUGA